AAAUGUAUUUAGGCCCUAAACUAUUCAGUGUUUUAUAAACUAGCAGUAGGAUUUUAAAGUAAAUUCUUUGUUACAAGUGUAAGAGAAUAUCCUGAAGUGUGAUUUGGUGUAUUACUUAAUUGUAAUUUGUUCUAUUCAUUUACAAUGGGGGAUGUGCUGUUCUUUGGUUCAUGACCCUUAACAUUAUUAAAUAGAAUGCCAUAUUUGUAAGUAAUAUUAUGCUUAUUUCCAGCUGCAUACUUGUAUUUUGGGUUUGGCUAUGGGGUUCAAAUAAUCUUUAUUUGUCUCUGAAACAAGACCGGGUUACCUUCCCGAGUUUUCCCCCCAGCACCAAUGAUUGAGCCCACUCAAGGUAUCGGUUUGCAAUACUUUUAUUGUGCUGUGCAUGCUCUAGCAGUCUCUGCCUCUUGCUCUCCUUCCUCCCGCCUCCAUCCCUACUCAGCUCAAUAUAUAGAGAAGAGACACAAAACAUUUGAUCAUUUCCAGCUGAGGCCAAUUAGGCCUCUUCCCUGCACCUGUUUCCUGAGCCACUGCCCCACUCCCCUCUGCAGAUGAGCCUAACCACGGCCCCGCCACCACAGUCUCAUACUGUCUGUCUGAAUAUUUCACAUUUCAUAUUCAUUCUCUGUUUGGAAAGCUCUGUUUUACCGCAUUUGUUAAGCAACCGCUUGGGUUCAUGUUUUCUUCUUUUUAGCUGACGUCAGGGUGCGCUUGUAAAUGGUCACUGCGAGCGUGUACAAACUGGACUGUUUGUACAUUAUGAGCAGUGUUGGAAUCUACCGCUCAGUUAUUGAGAGCUCCAAACAGAGCAUACUCUAUACUCUGUCAGGAAACAGACCUAUCCACAUGUUUAACGAUACAGUACUGUAAUUCUUUUUACAUUAUGUAGGUUAUGUGCAGGGUCAGGACCCGCCAACAAAGUCCCAAGACAAAUCUUAGGGGCCUUGAAUUGAUUAACAGGGCAUUAAAGCAUUAAAGCAAACAAAGUAACACUUCUACAUAUUCAUGUUUUCUUUGAUUAUUUCAUUUGAAUUUUGUGUAACUGUACAUCUACAACCCCCUGAAAAGUAUUCAGAUCAAACUUUUUUGCGAAGGGAAAACUCUCUCCCUGUAAACAACCAUAACUUUGAACUCCACACAUUCGGUAACAGGCUUUCUGUUGUAAAUCUUUUUCCAAGCCCAUGCAUGGACAGAUAACCCUGAUGACAUCACCGUGAUAUAUUCAUAGUUAUUUUCCCAUACUGGAGCCCUCCCUCCAGAUCCACAGUAGAUAUUAUUCAGCUGUUUUAACAACCCAUGACCCUCAAACUGAUCUUGACCUGUAAAAUCAGUGCAGUGCACCUUUAAAUUUACCAAGAUUCCGUAGAAAUCUUUGACCCGGCCACCCCUGAAUGCAACCUGUGACGAGUACACACCUUCUUACACAACAGAGCUGUACCUAGUACUUGGCAUGUUACAACAUGUCGGCCAGUCAUGACAGUGAAGGACAGACCAGGAAGUUUAUUCACCACUCUUUCUUUCCAACUGUGCACAGCAAAUUAUUGAAUUACUCAUACAGUCGUUGAACUGACGAUUUGAAGUCGGAUUGACUAUCCUGUAUCGGUGGAUUUAGGUCUCUGAGGGACGUCAAUAUGAAGGUGCCUCCCUCGUCUCUGAUUACCUUUGCUGUACUCUUGAUUCAACUCUCCGGUGCAUCUGGCGGCAAAAUCCUGGUGUUCCCAUUGGACGGAAGCCAUUGGAUAAAUAUGAAAGUACUUAUUGAGGAGCUGCAUGCCAAAGGCCACGAGGUCACUGUGGUUCGGCUGUCCGAUAGCUGGUACAUCAGUGAAAAGUCUCCUCUCUACACUUCUGUCACUAUUCCCAGUCCUGGUGGAUUUGAGCAAAACUACUUCGAAGCCUUCUUGUUUCGACAGCUGGAGAUCCGUCUUCAGGGUAGGCAUGCAUCUUCUUGGUAUAAACUCUGGUCACAUAUUCAGAUCGAGCUGCUGGUUGUUCAACAGUUCUCUCUGCUCCACAAGGCAAUGAGUGAAGUGGUCGUUCAAAUGUUUGAAGAUGAAAACCUGAUGCAAUCUUUUCAUGAAGCCAAAUAUGAUGUGGUUUUGACUGACCCUGCUGUCGGUGUCGGGGCAAUGCUGGCACGUCGGCUCCGAGUUCCUCUUGUUUUUAAUGUCAGGUGGACCAUUCAAGGUGAAGCUCAUUUACUUAUUGCCCCCUCACCUUUGUCAUACAUUCCUUUCACUGCAACAGAGUUGACAGAUAAGAUGACCUUUCUACAAAGAAUAAAGAAUGUUUUGAGUUAUAAUUUCGGGAUGUACACAAUGUCAUACAUCACAGAACCUAAUUACAAACCAGUAGUUAAAAAGUACUUUGGUCCUGAUGUGGAUUACUCCACGUUUUUUCUGGAUGCAGAUAUCUGGCUUAUGAGGAAUGAUUUUGUCUUUGAAUUUCCACGUCCAACAAUGCCAAAUAUAAUCUACAUGGGUGGAUUUCAGUGCAAGCCCCCACAGCCACUCCCUGCAGACUUGGAGGAGUUUGUCCAGAGCUCUGGAGAUCACGGGGUCAUCAUGAUGACUUUAGGAACUUUGCUUGGGAAGCUCCCUCAAGAUGUUGCUGAGGAGAUUGCUGCAGUGUUUGCCCAGCUGCCUCAGAAGGUCGUAUGGAGGUAUAUGGGACAAAGGCUAGCCAACCUGGGCAACAACACAUUAUUGGUCAACUGGCUGCCACAGAAAGACCUUUUAGGACAUCCCAAGACGCGUGUGUUUGUGACCCACGGAGGCACUAAUGGGGUUCAGGAGGCAAUUUACCACGGAGUUCCUGUAGUUGGACUUCCUUUAUUCUUUGAUCAGCCUGAUAACCUCUCCAGAAUCAGAGCGAAGGGAGGAGCUGUGAUUGUUGAUAUUGCUGAGCUUGACAGGCACAUCUUUGCAGAUGCCCUCAAGACGGCUAUUUACAAUUCCUCUUACAAGGAAAACAUGCAAAGGCUCUCAAGGCUGAGCAGAGAUCAGCCUGUGAAACCACUGGACCAGGCAGUGUUUUGGAUAGAAUACGUCAUCAGGCAUAAAGGAGCCCGUCAUCUGCAGACUCAGUCCACCAAAAUGUCCUGGUUUGUUUACAACUGUGUUGAUGUCAUUGCUGCUUUAAUGGCAGUUGUUUUGCUUGUAACAUUCACCUGCAUUUCAAUUGUACGGUUACUGUGGAGAAUUAUUUUAGUUGGGAAAAAAGUUAAACAUGAAUGACUUGAAAAAUGAAAUGUUGGUUUUGUCUGCAAAAUGUAAGAUUCACCAACAUUAACUCAACAGAAUUAUGAGGAGGCCGGCAUUUAAAUAGUUGCAGUAUUAUCUUAAAUAUCAGUCAACUGAAACAAUGAACGGCUGAUUAUAACUUUCUUCCAUGGCUGCUCUUAAUGUCUCUGGGUACAAUGUGUAUAGGAACAAGGGUAAAAGUAGAGGAUUGUUAAUCAAUGUUAAGGGGCAAUCAAAUUUAAAGACACAUGAAACAGAUCUGGAAUGUGUUGGGUUGAAUGUUUCACUGUCUCCAUAAAUGUCUCUCCUUGUUAAUAUUCGACCACCAUCUAGUAAAAAUGUGUUUUAUGAACAUCUACACAGUAUGCUGAAGAAACUUAAGAAGAUAACAAACCAUUCGUCUAUUCUUCUGUCCAGCGAAGAUGCUGAGAACAGCAGCAAUACUUUUUUAACGACCAUUAACAAAGUAAUAUCCUCCUUAACAAAGAAGGUGCAGCACAAACCUAGACAAAAGAACCCUUUACCACAGCUCAAUUAUGCCCUCUGGUGUUGCCCUAGAGAUGUUGCGCUGAAAAGACCACCUAAAUCACGAAAAAAGGUGGUAAGUUACAUAGGAAGCCUGAAGCUGAAUUAUAUUUUAUUUGAGUAAUUAAUAAUGGAAGGAGGAAUGAGAAAUGGAUCUGGAAAAGUCUUGAUAAAGUAACUGGAAGAAAUAAUGGUCAGAGAACAAGGGAACCAGAACAAAAAAAAUAUUGAAAUCUCAACCCAAAAUCAUGACAAGUACUUUUAUCAACAAAAUCAAUUUUUAUAGUAACAUAAAUAUCUUAAUCAGAAGUGGUAAACAUCAUAAGCUUGUUAAGAAACUCAAAAACAAAGGAUGCUUGAGGUUUGGAUACCACUUUUUUAAUGUACAUAUUUAUUGGCAAUACUCAAUAAACAUACCUUAACUGCAACAUUUGUGUUUCUCAGGGAUCACUAUUGGGCCCUAUUUAGUUCAGCUUGUACACAGAUGGCCUGCUUUUAGUCCGCCCAUCUGUCAACAUUCAAAUAUAUGCUGAUAUCUGUGGUGGGAAUUUGUCAUUAUGUGUAAGUCUUAAAACUGAAAUAAGGAAUACUGAGAAAAAAAGAACUUGUCUUUGUUGGUUUUAUUAUUUGCUACAGGAAAGGUUCAAUGGUCAUACAGAAUGCAAGCAAUCUGCACGAACAAGAACAAGAACUUAAAGACCAGAAGGAGAGCAAAGGUGAGGGCUCUCACUUCCUGAAAACACCUGAACAAAUACAAUGAAGAUUUCUCAGGCAGAGCCACCCAUGGAACAGUCUCCCUGAGGGAAGAGAAAGCACUAAUUACCCAAUCAUACUACCUCAUCUCCAGCACUGCCGUUACACACUCUCAUUGUUUGUUACAAAUCUAUUCAUGUAUUUUAUUGUCUUGUAUGUGUUGUAUUGUGCUGUACAUCGUUGUACUACAGGGUUUGCUGUGUAAUUUUACUUAUAGGAGGCCACAAAAUUGUAAUAACCUGACGGAACUACAGACGAAAAGUUGCUCUCUAUAGCUAACUCUGGCAUAUUUACAUUGAGGUGGAAAAUGUUGAUUAAUAUUCACUGUACCUGUUACAUACAUAAAAAAUAAAAUAGAGUUUCACCCA